ACACACACACUCAUACAAUACAAACACACAGCAGGCUGGUCAGUGAGGAGAGGGAGCUGCACAAAGUGGUUUCUAUUCAGUGAGGAGCUCGUUGAGGAGCUGGAGGGUCUGCAGACAGUCCGGGUGUCAGCUCUCGUCGUUUCUCCAGAACUCCAGCUGCAGCCCGCCGCCUCCUGCUCUCAUGCCCACACACACGUUGGACUCUCUGGACCUGACACUUUGAGUUUCCAGGAGCUUUCCUCCCAAGGCUCUGUGGGUUUUCCCGGUGAUGACCUCACUGCUGUUCCCUGGCAACGCCCACGCUGCGAUGAAGGACCUCUCCUCCUCCUCCUCUCCUCUCACCACCCUGCUCCACUACCCGUCCUCCAAAACCUCCGUCGCGCCCUUCUCCCCGUCUGCCGGCCCCGCCUCCUCGCCGGGGUCCACGCUGUCGUCGGCUCCGCUCUCCAAACCUCAGCCCUUCUGCCUGCAGACGGGGCCUCACCUCAUCGCCAGCAUGCAGCUGCAGAAGCUCAACUCGCACUACCAGAACCUCACCGGGGCUUCUGCCGGACACCCCGCGCCCGGCGGAGCUCAGAGGGGCUUCGGACCCUCGCCUCUGGGCUCUGGGAACCAGCUCCUGGGGCCGACUGGAGGCCUCGGCGGAGGCGGGAUGGGGGUCGGGAUCACCAUGGGGACCCAGAGCGCCGGUGCAGGUGGAAUUAUCGACUUUGACCCCGUGGACGAGGAGGUUCUCAUGUCUCUGGUGGUGGAACUGGGCCUGGACCGAGCCAACGAGCUGCCCGAGCUCUGGCUGGGUCAGAACGAGUUUGAUUUCAUGUCAGAUGUGCCGGCUGGAUGCUGACGGUCGGGAGGACGCAGAGAGAGAAGACGUUCUCUCCCUUGUUUAGUUUUUCUCUUUCCUCCCUUUUCAUUGGUCGAUAAAACGAGGAAACAGAAGAGACACUGAGUGUGAAAGAGAGAAAGAGAUCAGAGACACACUCCAGCUUCUAUUUGGCUUUGUUCUCUUUAUGGACAGACGGAGGAGUCGGUGAAGAAAAGGACAUUUUUGAUAUUUUAUCAGAAAUAAAAGAAGGCGUGACCUUUCAGUUUGUCUCUUCCACACUGACACUGGUGAUCGAAACCCAGUCUAAUGGGAUUAAGAUGUUUUUCCUCAUCCCUCUAUCAUUUUACAUUUUUCCUGUUCAUCUAAAGAAGAAAAACAAAAGUAUGAGCAGAAAACCAAAGAGACUUGAUUGCUUCUGUCCUCUUUUUCCCAUCGCUCCCUGCUGCAGGCUUUAUCAAAUCCAGAAGGUUUGGCUCAGACGCUCGGGUCAGUUUCCUGGAAACAAGCAGGACAGAUGACAAAGACACACCUGUUGGACCUGGUCCCCGUCUUUUCCUCAGUGCUGUCCUCUCUCCAUCAAGGAAAAAGAAAAUGGGAAACCUGACUUUAUGGGGGAUUGGCGGAGGACGACAAACACUAUGUUUCCUGUUUUCUUAAUGGACAAUAUUGGACUCCGGUCUCACGGGAAAGAGACUCCUGUCUCUCGGCUCCACAAAGACGCUGAUUGUCUGAGAAUUGGUUAUCUCAAUGUACUUCUUUCACUUUCUGUCUUUCUUUCUUUUUUGUUUGAAUCGACUUCAAGCCGACGCUUUCACGGGACAUGUUAUUUAAGACAGAGGCUGAUAUCCAUCGGGCCACUUGGACAAGGAGAGCUUCUGUAGCAACGUCUAUUAUCGCUCCGACUUUUCUCAGCACAAUGAAUUCGAUCAAGAGACGGGGAAUCUCUCCGAGCACGGGACCUUAAUGGAGCGCGUCUUGCUCCGGAGCACAGCCUGAUUAAAAACCAUAGAGGCCUUAUGGUCAUGUGAGCUGCCACUACAUGUACGUGAUGUGUUUUCUGACCUGCAGUCGGGUCCAACCUGUGUCAAUGAUCGUGGAUAGCACUGCCUUCUACACGGAGGAUACAAGGUUCUGUCAACGUGUGUGUGGACAUAAACCAAAUGAGAAAAACAUGAUGAA